AUGUUGUUCUCUCAUUCUUUACCUAGCCUCUUCACUCUUUUCGCUGGUCUUCAGCACGUCGUUAACGCUACGCCACGAUAUUGUCCACCUUACGGCCCUGUUUUGCCUGCGCCACGACAAGCCAGUCAGCAUCCUGCCGUGCAAUAUGCCGUUGGUACCAUUACCACUGUUCUGAAGGGACAGACCGCAGGCUUCAAUCUCUCUGGUGUCUCCGUUGGAGUCAAAUCCGUUUACGAGGAUGAGCCUUUACUCGACUUUCACUACACGCCUUCCAUCAUGAAUCCGAAGGAAGGUGUGAAGAAGAUCAACGCAAGUACUGUCUAUCGUCUCGGAAGCAUUUCAAAGGUGUUCACAGUUCUGGCGGCUCUGCGCCUGGCUGAGGAUGGGGUGUUGAGCAUGAAUGAUCCUGUUACUCGUUGGAUUCCAGAGCUUGCUCAUCCUCAUAAGCCUCAUUCUGGUGAUGACCUUGAUGUUAUUCACUGGGGUGACAUCACAGUUGGCGACGCUGCAGCGCAUCUGUCGGGCCUGGGUGGCGAUAUGACCACUGAUAUCUCUGCUUUCCCAUUCAACUGGGAAGCUCUUGGCCUCCCGAAGCUGUCGGAAAAUAAGAAGAUUCCAUCUUGCAAAGGUCUCCCUGGAGCUCCAGUCUGCACCAGAGAAGACUUACUCACCAUCUUCAAAUUCUACCGCCCUCCCGUCUACCAACCUAGCCAAUCGCCAGUCUACUCCAACGCAGGAAUCAGUCUCGUCGGUCUUGUCGUUGAGGCAGCAUCUAACAAGACCUUUGACGCCGCUAUCAAGGAUUUGGUCUUGAAGCCUCUAGACCUGGAGCGGACAUACUCUGGUAUUGUCCCAGAGAACUCGGAGAAUAUUGCCGGCGCCAUGGGCUCUAGCACCGCCGAUAUGCUAUCUUUCAUGACCAGUAUCCUCAAGAACAAAGCGCUCUCCCCGCCCAAUACCCGCCGCUGGCUCAAGCCAAACACUUUCACAUCAACUUGGAGCGCUUCAGUUGGGUCGCCUUGGGAGAUCUACCGCAUCGACAACUUGACUUCCGACGGUCGCAUCAUUGAUCUAUACACGAAGGGUGGUACCCUGAGCGGCUAUCAAUCUGGUAUGGCCAUGAUUCCUGACACUGGCCUCGUCGUGUCUGUCCUUGGCGCGGGACCAGAAGUCUCGAGUGUUUGGGCACAGCUCGCGACCCUCAAUAUCGUCGAGGCGCUGAUUCCAGCUAUGGACAUGGCAUCUCGGGAUGAAUCCAAAGCUCGCUUCGCUGGAAGUUAUGUCGACAAGCAGACGGGGUCUUCGCUUACCAUCUCAUUGGAUGAGGGACCUGGUCUGGUCUUGAGUAAGUGGACUGCCCGAGGCUUCGACGUCCUACCCAACUUGAACCGCUUCCAGCCUGGGCGAUAUAACGAUACCACUGACUCAGGCAUCAAGAGUGUUCGACUAUACCCUACUGGUAUUGAGAACAAGUCUCGCGCCGCAUGGAGAGCUGUGUUCCCAACACUCCGUGACAAAGAAGCGGAGAUGAUCGAAGGUCUGACCAAGGUCAAGGAUGUGACGUGCAUUACUUGGCAUAUGCUCGAUCGUUUCAUUUACAAUGGCCUUUCUAUGGAUCACUUUGAGUUUGAGUAUGGAAAGGAUGGGAAAGCUGUUAGUAUCAAGUCCAAGGCGUUUGAUGUUGAGAUGAAGAGAGUGGAGAAGAAACCUUGA